UUAGUUGUGUAGGCCACCCUAACCUUUAAACUUCUCCAUCAACAAAAAUUCCAAUCGAAAUUAUUGAUAAGCUGUAUUUAUUUUUUUAUUGCAAAAAUCAAAGUGAAAUACUCUAAUACAGAUGAAACAUGAAUAUUCUAAAUAAACUGCGCAAUUUAUCCGGCUGGCGAAGUGGUACCAAACAAGUAUCAAUCGACGCCACGAUACCCUUGAUAGCCCUACCAGUAUUAACCUUAAUAGCCGCUCAAACAAUUUAUUUAACAGUGAUUGUAUUUUUACUAACGCCAAUUAUAAUCUACCACCUGCAUCACAAUUUUUUAAGGUUUCUACCGCGCUCAAAGUUCUUUCUCAUGUGGACAAUUACCAGUGUUAUAAUGCUUAUGCUGGUAUUCGAAAUGUGUGUUGUGCCAUUAUUAGAAAUUCUUUUCGAAGAGAAUUGUGUAUUUAUGGCGGGAGUUGUGGGCGGAAUAUUUUGCGGUGUAAAAACAAAAUCGAAAUCCGAUUCUGCCCUGCAGAAUGACAGUCUAGAACACGACUCGGAGGUUGGGAGGGAGAGUGAGGAGGUCUGCCUCUUGUGCAAAAAACCUCCACCAGCGAGAACAUAUCAUUGCCGCACUUGUCAGACUUGCGUAGCCAACAGAGAAUAUCAUUGCAAAUGGUUGGACUGCUGCAUAGGCUCAAGCAAUUUACGAUGGUACCUCAGCUGCUUGUUAUGCUCGGCUGUGGCCUUCAUUUACGGUUCUAAUCUCACAAUGACGAGUGUCUGUCACCCCUUCAUUCUCAUUGGGACAAUUCUCCUGCCAGACGAUUGCAGUGAUGUCUAUCAUCAGCUAGAUCUCGCCCUGUGCCUGGUCUCAGCCAUCUACAGUUUGCUCAUAGGACUCGUGGUACUCAGUUACUUAAUUUAUCACAUCUAUUUGAUACUUUUACGUACGACAGCCCAGGAGAGGCGCAUCUCCUCCCAGAGUAGGAAUGAAUACAAUGGUUUAUUGACCAAUAUAUCCACACUAGUGUGUCAUGAAUUAUGAAUUUAUCAUAGGCGCCGUAUUUUAAUUGUAGCACACAAUGAAAUGUAAUUAUUUACAGUGAUUAUCAGUCUAGUUUGUGGCUGCGUUUUACGCUUAUAUUCUGUUCAUAAAGGCGGUCGAAUAUUUUUGUAUAUUGAUAGUUAUGUAUUCAUUGAGAAGAUCAGUCUCACCCCGAAUUGUUUUUCAAUGUUUAUUAACACUUUUUUUAUUUGACAUUUGAUAUUCUGAUUGCCUAGGUUUUUUUAACUUAAUGAGCGUUAUGGAAAUUAAUUACAACUGUGAUAAAACUUAUACGAAGAGUAUGAUCAUCACACCUUUCACGUAGAGAAAAAUGUAAAUUACAUGUAAGAAAUUGGCCUCGAUCUUCACGUCAGCAAAACGUGUGGAAUUAUCAAUAGUAUUGCGUAUUGGGAGUUUAAAUAUAACCAAUUCAUCGUGUCUUCGAUGAUGUAUUGUACAUAA